CCCAAGAUACACACCUACCAUUUGAAAAGCCAUUAAAAAUUUACAUAUAUUUUAAAAAAUGAACCAGAAAAACAAAAAUAGAGGAAAUUUGGAUGUGAUUGCAUCAUUCUAAAAAAAAAAAAAAAAAUUGUUCCACGCAGGCAUGACAGCCACUUCCCACUGCGCGUAGCUGCUCGGAAGUUCACUUCUUCCACCCCUCACCAUCACCUCUUCUAUUAUAAAUAUCCAUUGAAACACUCACUCUUUUCCCCCAAUCCAUAUAUACAAAGCCACAGGUCUUUCUCUUCUGAUCUUCUUUGAUCACUUUGUUCUUCAGCAUAGCCUAGAAAAUGGAACAUGAAGUUGACCAUCAUGCAAGAGUUAGUCCAUCUAAUUACAGAGGUGUACGCCAAAGGAAAUGGGGGAAAUGGGUGUCUGAAAUUCGCGAGCCAGGGAAGAAGACCCGAAUAUGGCUAGGAAGCUAUGAGACAGCUGAAAUGGCAGCUGCAGCCUAUGAUGUGGCGGCAUUACAUUUCCGAGGGCGAGCCGCUCGACUUAACUUUCCGGAGUUGGUUGACAGCCUUCCACGCCCGGCUAGCUCAACUGCGGAAGACGUGCAAAUGGCAGCUCAAGAGGCAGCAUUGAGGGUUAGAAGACCAAAGAUAAGUUCGGAGGUGGGUGCAGCUGCUGGUGGGAGAAUUGGUCCGAUUAGGGUCGGACUGUCACAGAGUCAAAUUCAGGCUAUCAAUGAGUUUCCGCUGGAUUCUCCCAAGAUGUGGAUGGAAUUGACAGGUGCUCUUUUGUUGGCAGAGCCAAUGUUCUGUGGAGUUGAUCAUGCCGAGCUGACGAGUGACUACAACGAAAUGCAGGUUGAGCCCAUUUGGGACUAAAUAUUUUUCCUAGGCAUAUAUAUAUAGAAGAAAAAACAUUACUCCUUAGCAUCUUUCAGGUUUCAACUUUCAACUUGGAAGUAGCAUAUACAUUAAUAUUUAAACCAUGAAGGGAAUUCGUAAUAGUAAAUCAAGUUGAGGAGGGUGUGACUAUGUCAGUUUUAUAUUGAAGGAACGGAGCUUUAUACUGUAAUAUUACAAAAAUUUUCAAAACGUUCCCUUCUAGAUUUGAUUACAUUCUCCUUGUACCUUCCUUCCCCUCUUAAUCUUUUGGUACACAAAAGGAUGUAGCCGGAAGAUAAA